CUGGGUGCAGUAGGCAGGAGAGAGCUGGAGCGGAGUGCAGGGGAUCAGAGGGAGGCUGAGCGGUGGGGGCGGCUCCCAGCCGCACAUCAGGACUGGGGCGCACUUGGGCACAGAGGGGCUGUUUUCUAACUGGUAUCCUCGGUGACGUAUGGCUGCCUGCUCCUUGGCAGCUGUCUUUAUAGACCAGUAGGCAGAGGGAAAUUGCCACUGACGAGACUUUUACAUCUUGGAAGAGACUGUGAUCCACUGCAGUGAAGAACAGAGCCUCUCAAUCACGCGGUGUAAAUAAGAGACGGAGGGGAGUCCAAGAGAAAAGGAAGAGGAGGGGAGAGAAGUGUGUGUCGGGGGGAGUGGGAAAAGGCAUUUUUGGUGGAUGGUAUGAAGCCAGCCAUGGAAACUGCAGCCGAGGAAAAUACUGAACAAAGCCAAGAGAGAAAAGUGAACAGCAGAGCUGAAAUGGAAAUUGGCAGGUACCACUGGAUGUACCCAGGCUCAAAGAACCACCAGUACCAUCCUGUGCCAACCCUGGGGGACAGGGCUGGCCCCUUGAGCAGUCCAGGCUGCUUUGAGUGCUGCAUCAAGUGUCUGGGAGGAGUCCCCUAUGCCUCUCUGGUGGCCACCAUCCUCUGCUUCUCUGGGGUCGCCUUGUUCUGUGGCUGUGGGCAUGUGGCUCUUGCGGGCACCGUGGCCAUUCUGGAGCAGCACUUCUCCACCAACACCAGUGACCACGCCUUGCUGAGUGAGGUCAUACAGCUGAUGCAGUAUGUCAUCUACGGCAUUGCGUCCUUUUUCUUCUUGUAUGGGAUCAUUCUGUUGGCAGAAGGCUUUUACACCACAAGUGCCGUGAAAGAACUGCACGGGGAGUUUAAGACCACUGCCUGUGGCCGGUGCAUCAGCGGAAUGUUUGUCUUCCUCACCUACGUGUUGGGAGUGGCCUGGCUGGGCGUGUUUGGUUUCUCGGCGGUGCCUGUGUUUAUGUUCUACAACAUAUGGUCAACUUGUGAGGUCAUCAAGUCUCCCCAGACCAAUGGGACAGCUGGUGUGGAGCAGAUCUGUGUGGAUAUCCGGCAAUACGGUAUCAUUCCUUGGAAUGCUUUCCCAGGAAAAAUAUGUGGCUCUGCCCUGGAGAACAUCUGCAACACAAAUGAGUUCUACAUGUCCUACCACCUGUUCAUUGUGGCCUGUGCAGGAGCUGGUGCCACCGUCAUUGCCCUGCUGAUCUACAUGAUGGCUACUACAUAUAACUAUGCGGUUUUGAAGUUUAAGAGUCGGGAAGAUUGCUGCACUAAGUUCUAAAUUGUAUAAGGCCAACAAGGAGCUUUAGAGAGCUCUACUUGGGUAGCGUGAAAUAUCACUGACACCCCAGACUAAAGCAGAGCCUAGGCUUCGGCAGUUUUGUCAGACUAAUUUGUAAAUAGCUUUAGUACUCAUUUUGCAUGGUAGAUUAAUGACUUAUCGUACAUGAAUUACAAAAUAAUGAGAUCUGGCUAUUUCUACAUUUUGAAAAGGAUUCAGUUAUUUACUGACAUUGGUGAGCAUCCAUUAAUUUUCUUAAACUUUGAGCAGUAUUUCAAGUAUUAAAAUUUUGGAAUGCCUGCCUUUUCCAUUGUUUUUGCUUCUUGAUAACCGAUCUCAGUGAUGAAAAGUGAAGAUGAAAUGGAAGAGCUCCAUUUUAAUCUGGAUUUUGUUUUGGCAGACUUUCUGGAAAAUAUCUGAUUAAAAACAUUUUUUGAUUACUUUGUUCGCUACCAAAUAAAUCCCCCUCAAAGAAACCAGAUGGAAAUGUGAAGAAAAAUAAAGGCCACCCAUUUGUUUUCUCUGAGAAAAGGAUUUGUGUGUGUGUGUUUUUGCACAACACAGUCAUUCCUUUCAGAGCCUAAAAGUGAUGACCUUAAGUUGUGGUGUUUUGGUGAGUAGUAACUGACUCCUCAUAGCCAGUUCUCAAACUGCACUUCAGAUUUCAAUGGGAAGAGCAACUGUGCCUGGAUCUGAAAGUCUCAAAUAUGUUGAGAAGGAAAUAUGAAAUAUAAGGAACUUGAGAUGUAGAUUUUUGCAAGAAAGAUGAGGAAAUAAGUGGGAAAGAAGUGUUUGCUACAUCACCUGUAAAGAAUGAUAAGGAUUUUUAUGUUUUGUGAAAUGAAAUAAUGGCAGUUAGAAAAUGAAAAUGUAGUUUCACUACUUAAACACUGUCCAGAGCCUGCAUGCUUUGCUAAUAGUACUUGGUUGUGACAUUCACUUAAUUUUUCCACAUUAAAUAUGUAGCUUAUUACUUAAAAUAAGCAUUGUUCAUACUUCUAGGCCUUUAGGGGAAUUGCUUUUUAUCCACAGAGAGGAAAGAUCUAUGCAGUACACUUAAAGUAACUGCAUAACGUGUUCCUGAACUUCUGCAUCAGUCUUUAAAAUUACUCUCAAAAUGGUAAAAAAAAAACACUCUCGUAUUUCAUUUUUGCUUUUCUUUAACAAUAACUUUGGCCAUUUUUUUCAUUAUGUUUGUAUACUAACUUUUCUUCAGCCUUUUAAUACUAAGCACACUGGUAGAGCAUGCUCGCAGUAUCUGAUGCCUCUGAUAGCAAGAGAAGUAUUAAUACAGAAUAACCUUGGCCCUUUUUACAGUAAAGCCCAUCUAAUCUGCCUAGCAGCUUGCUUUGCCUUCUGACAUGCUCACUAGCCAUCAUGCUCACCCUUCUUUUCCAGAUCCACUUCCUCAUGAUACUGUCUUCUAACUGGGCUUACUUAAAGGAUGCAAGCACAAUGCAGGCUUACCAAGAUAUGAGAGCAAAGGAAGAGCAGGAACUGCAAGAUAUCCAGUCGCGGUCAAAAGAACAACUCAAUUCUUA